UUGUGGCUGUUUGUUGUGACAUGGCUUGCAGAGCUGACAACGAGCAGACACCUCAGAGCUUUAGACUAACAGUUCUCUCUGAGCAGAUAAACAAACUGGAUGAGGACGAAGCAACUUCACAUGUGAAAGACUCUAAGCCUGAUAUCCCUGAUGCUACUCUACGGGUAGAAGGUGAGAGUUUUUAUGUCAACCGUCAAUGUCUGGCUCGCCAGAGUCCCUACUUCAGGGCUCUGUUCUUUGGCUGUGGUGUAGAGAGCUGCAAAAGGAAGGUUGAAAUUAAAGGUGUGGGUCUGCAGUACUUCAGGGACUUGAUGGAAUACAGCAGGACAUCCACGCUGGCUUUGGACAGAGAAAAUGUUCUGGGGAUCCUUGAGACUGCAGACUUUCUCCAGCUUGAGCAAGCCAGGCUGCUAUGCUGCAAGUUCUUGGAGCGUGAGCUGCACCUCAGUAAUUGUUUGGGAAUGAUGGCUUACGCCUGGCAACUGGGCUGCACCCAGCUCUACACCGCAGCACGACAGGUGGUGCUCACACACUUUUCUGCUAUUGUUGCUGAGGAGGACUUCCUCUCUCUGUCUAAGGAGGCUGUGGCAGAUCUUCUUGCCAGUGAUGACCUGGCCAUCCAUAAGGACGAUCUGGCCCUGGAAGCCACCCUACGCUGGGUGUCAUUUGACCCUAAACGAGAAGAACACUUUCUGGAGCUCAUUGAGCUGGUGAGGCCUGAGUCUCUGUCUUUAACAUUUAUCACUGAACUUCUGACCAGAAUGAAAAGCUCUGACCCCAGAGCCAAGCUCAUCUGCAUGCUGAAUGAACAUUUCCCAGCAUCUUGGUCACUGGGCAGGUCGAUGAGGAGGACCAGAGCCAGAGAGACCCUCUUUGUCCUGGGUGGGCCUCACGAUCAGGAGCAACAGGCAUUGUACCAAUUUCACCCGCUCAGUGGUAGAUGGCAGAGCUGUGCACCUUUGCAGAGGAAGAACCUCACACAGUACUCAGUAGCUGCAGUAGGAGACAAAGUGGUUGUGACAGGCGGCUACUUCCGCGAUGUGCUGUGGUUCAGCGUGGACUGGGUCAGGAUAUACGAAUGUGGGAACCAGCGCUGGGUGGAUGCGCCAGCCCUGCAGAAGUCCAGGCACAGCCACUGCUCCAUAGGGGUGGACUCAGUUCUUUAUGCCAUAGGUGGUAGUAUGGAUGAAGGGCUUGUGGCUGAUGUAGAAAGGCUGGUCCUGGGGUCAGAGGAUGAGGGUUGGGAGGGGGUCAGCCCCAUGGUUAGGGCUGUGGAGAGGGCAGCUACUGCUGCUCUGGGAUCGUGUAUCUAUGUGGCGUGUGGCCUAGAUGAAAACGGGGAGGUGUAUGGUGGAAUUCAGCGGUAUGUGGUCAAGGAGGAUCAGUGGGAUGUGGUCUCCUAUUCUCCAUUUCCACGAUACGACCUGGUUGCCACUGAGCUCAACGGUGCCCUCUACCUGUUUGGAGGGCAUACCUUGCGUUUUGACGUGGAGACAGAUGAGUGGACUGUGCUGGAGGAGGAAUCUCUGGACAGGAAAUUCUUCUGUGGCUGUACCACAGUCAGCGGCCAGAUAUACCUGGUCAGUGAGAGAAAGAGUAACAAAGCAUUCCCAAACAUGGUGCUGAUGGACCCUUACAUAGAUACUUGCAUUGAGGUAGAUGAUACCAUACCCUGCCCUGUGCCCCUCAGAGGGUGUGUCGCCAUUAGAAUGGUCACAUGAUGGUUUGUGAGGUGACUGAAUGAAAUCCAUUAAUCUUCUCUACGUAACACUAUGUGUCGUUGUGUAUACCAGCCUU